CAGAAUAUAAUGACCAAGAAGUAUAGGCCAAAAGUUGUGGAUACCAGUGAAAAAAUGAAGAGGAAGAAGAGUUGUAAUGAUCCUCCUUCUGAUUCUUCCGCGAAGAAGAAAUGUAAUCAUCCCCCCUCCAUUGAUCCGUCAUCCAGAGUUAAUCCCACCUCCACCAAUCCAAUUGAUCCCACUGUUGAUCCCCCCUCCACUAAUUGUGAUCCCUCCUUCAAUACACCAAGUUCAUCCAACCCCAUAUACAACGAAGACAUAUCUUUCUUCAACAAAAAUUGCAAACAUUGGUAUGAGAAAGUGCUUUUAUUAUAG